AUGCGCUCUAUCCAGGCUCUUAGGAGGUCCAUCAAAGGCGACAAGGACAAACCUCAGUUGUCCAUCGCCCCGAAAUCUGCAGUCGCUAUUGUCCCCCCGAAAAAGGUCAUUCGAGCUCUUUACGAUUAUGAAGCAACAUCUGCCCAGGAGCUGAGCUUUUCGAGAGGUGAUUUCUUCCAUGUCAUUGGCCGAGAAAAUGAUUCGGACUGGUACGAAGCAUGCAACCCGGCUCUCCCCGACGCACGAGGUCUCGUCCCAGUAGCAUUCUUCCAGGCUCUCGGGCGUACCGAGAGGGAUAGUGGUCAGUCCGACCCAGGUAAUCCAGGUAACCCGCUGGGUUUGAAGAAGGACGACCACGAUUCCGGAUUUUCCGAGACUAAUACAAACGUGCCUCCAACACCGGCGCUUAGCCAGCGCAGUUCCAAAUCUGUCGUUAAGAAUGGCGCUAUGGUAUACGGAAUUGUCAUGUACGACUUUCAAGCUGAAAGGGCGGACGAAUUAGAGGCGAAAGCGGGCGAGGCGAUCAUAGUGAUUGCGCAAUCUAAUCCGGAGUGGUUUGUCGCUAAACCGAUCGGGCGGCUAGGAGGUCCGGGCCUCAUUCCUGUUUCAUUUGUGGAAAUUCGAGAUAUGUCCACGGACACUGCUGUUGCUAAUCCCCAGGAGGCCGUGAGACGAGCUGGAGUCCCACGGGUUGAGGAAUGGAAGAAGAUGGCCGCCGAUUACAAGAAUAGUAGCAUCACGUUAGGGAAAUUCGAGGCUGGUGGUCCGCCAGGAUUGGAGCAAGGCAUGGAACGGAUGAGCCUACAACCAAGCCAAGGAGGGAACCGCCAGAGUCAACAGCAGAAUGCGUCAUUCCAACAGCAAUAUCAACAAGCAGCUCAGCAACAGCAACAGCAACGGAACACUAUGCAACAAAACCAAUUCGCUUCCAAAUCUACAUCUCAACUGUAUGCACCUAUAUCAGCCCGGAUACCACGGUACUGUUUUGCCGAGGAGAAGUAUUGGUUCGUCAUUGAAGCGACUUUAGAGGACGGGCGACACUGGGAGCUUUCGCGCUACUAUGAGGAUUUCUACGACUUCCAAAUCGCCCUCCUAACCGAAUUUCCCGCCGAAGCUGGAAACACUGGCACGCAGAAACGCACCUUGCCAUAUAUGCCUGGUCCUGUUAAUUACGUGACCGACGCUAUUACGGCGGGACGAUUACACAAUCUGGACGCAUAUGUGAAGCAUUUACUGGGGCAACCACCAUAUAUUUCCAAGUGCAACUUAGUAAAGCAAUUCUUUGCGCCGAGAGAAGGCGACUAUGAGAUCGAACCCCCAUCCAACGGCGACGAAUAUAGGCUGUCUGGUGGGUCGCGUUCAUCAAUCGAUUCGCCAAGGGAGGGUAACUCUCGGCAGUCAUCUAGGAAUAAUCUGAACGGAAAUGGAUAUUCAGGAUUAUCAGCAGCGCCUAGGCAGAUGCAGAAUGGACAGCCGCAGAUGGCUCGGCAGGCGUCGUCGCUCUCGCAGCCGUCGCAAACAUCGUUAUCUCCAGGGGUUAGCCAGGGUCAGGCGUCCUUAAAGGUUAAGCUGCACUUUGGCGACGACACAUUUUUAAUACGCGUACCCUCUGAUACCAACUUUCAACAACUGUAUGAGAGAGUCAAGGAACGUACUAAAGUCUCCGAGGGAGAACUCCAACUCUUCUACCGAGACGAGCAAAGCGGCGACAGGCUCAGUCUCCUAAGCAACAACGAUCUAAACUACGCUCUAGAGCAUAACGAAAAGUUGGUGGUUUUUGUUGAGCAGGUCUAGGGCAUUACGGAACGGUUGAUACCCCCAAGAAUAUUUCCAUCUUCAAUAUACCCAAUAUGCUUCAUCCUAUUAGCAUUUACGCCGAAGGUUCAACAACUCUUUCUCGAAUUUUUGAUGCAUGGAUCCUUUCGGCGAAGCUCCAACAACCUGUGUCAUGUCACCUUGGCAUGAUUAUCUUAAUCCUCAACAAUACGAAUACAACCUUUUCCUCGACUCGACAGCAUGCAGCAUGUUUGUGCACUGUAGUAGCUGGUGUAGUGUUGUCUAGUGGAAUACAAUUCACUUGGGGUAAUACUUGAAGUAGUAGAUAUUACCGAAUGGCUAUUCGGAAUGAGUUUACUUUGUUGCGACUUGAAUGCUUCUUUUUUCUUCUUCUUCUGCCAUAGCCACUUAUUCGCAUUGUUUUCUUUGAUAUCUUCAAAAUCUUUUCAUCAUUCUGGGUCCGGUUGAAAAUGGCAUUCAUGGGUCAGCCUUUUUCAAGUCGUUUAUACGGUAUACCUUACGGUUCGGCGUGAACAUGGGGUUGCUUUCCUCUGUCGGGACAAGUUCCACUCGGACACUCCUCUUCCAUA